UCUAUGGAAAAUGUUACCGACCUAUGAACGAUUGAAUGGACCGAAAAUAUUAUUUCGUAUUGCAUUCUCCAAAGUGGCUAUAAGUGCUGUCAGCUUGGCGCUGGGUGCAUUUCUCUUCUGUAUCUUCUGGUCGGUGGUAUUCGAUUUUGAACGUGCCACAUUUACACACUGUGACGUGAGAAAUUACCUGCCAUCAAUAUCGGCGGCCAUUGGUAAUUAUGAACCGCAGCGGACAAUUUGGCGUUUGGCCAUUGUACUGCAUCUGCCCGUACGACUGGCCGUGGCCCACAUUUAUAUGAAAUACUAUAAAGAGCAAAUAAGAAAGAAUCGUCGCUUGUUUGCUCACAUGGCCGUUAGCUUAAAUGUAAUUGAGAACAUAGCAUUGCUUUCGCUGUCACUGUGGACAUCGUCGGACAGCUAUGAACUGCAUCGGAAUGCGUUUUGCACCUUCAUUGCCAGCAGUGAGCUGUACAUGUUGAUAUCGUAUUUUCUCAAUAAGAAUGCCCGGAGACAGGCUCUGACCGAGAAGGAGGAGAAAUCGACCAGAUUGAAAUUGUACUUUUUUCUAACAAAUCUUUUGGCUUUUGCUUUGGCAGGUUACUUUUUUCUGAGGCACAAUGCAAAAUGUGAACCAGGAGUUUAUACAUUAUUUGCCUUAUUUGAAUAUAUUGUGGUAUUUACAAAUAUGGCCUAUCAUAUGACGGCCUAUUUUGAUUUUUAUGGUUAUUAUGUAUAUUUCGAUUGGGAAAAUGGACUGUAUUUAUCGCACUUAUAGUUGUAAUUUA